AUGCGCGCGAAUUCUACCGCGAGGCUGCCAGCCCUGGGAUCUACCGGUGCAAGGCUGCAAGAGCUCAAGCUCGAGGCAAGGACGUCGGCGAGAGGGUGUUGCUGCUGCAUCGGCCCCGGGGAAGCUGGCUCCGACUCCACUACAUCAGGCAGCGGCGCCGGCCGGCAGUGCCCCUCCUCCGCGAACCCCGUAGCGGCGUUCUUCAUGAACUCCGUCCAGUAUUCUUGGGCCUUCUCUGGGCUGCUCUUGGCGGCCUUCUUUCUGAAGGCCGUCCAGCUGCGCAUCCAGUCGCGGCCGAGGAGCUCGUCCUCGUCGCGGUGGGAGAGUGCGGCGAGGGCGGUGUGGAGGUAG